GAAAGUUUGUGAUAAAAAGCAAUUGUUCAUUCUUGAUUCUUCAUUCAUUUAACAAAACUUGUGAAAUUUGAUUGUUAUUGAUUAAUUAUUUGAAAGUUAAAUUUGACUCUAUAAUGGCUUUAAGAGUGCAAUUUGAAAACAACGAUGAUAUUGGAGUUUUUAGUAAGCUAACAAAUUCGUAUUGUUUGGUUGCAAUUGGUGGAUCAGAAGCAUUUUAUAGUGUUUUUGAAGCGGAAUUAGCAGAAACUAUUCCAGUGGUGCAUGCUAGUAUUGCUGGCUGCCGUAUAAUAGGCCGCUUAUCGGUAGGAAACAGGCAUGGGCUUUUAGUUCCAAAUUCUACAACCGACGUAGAAUUACAACAUAUUCGUAAUAGUUUACCGGAUGAAGUAAAGGUCCAAAGAGUGGAAGAACGCUUGUCAGCUCUUGGAAACGUUAUUGCUACUAAUGAUUAUGUUGCUCUAGUUCAUCCAGAUUUAGAUAAGGAGACAGAAGAAAUAAUUGGGGACACUUUAAAUGUGGAAGUUUUUAGACAAACAAUAGCAGGAAAUGCUUUAAUUGGUUCAUAUACUGUUUUGAGUAAUCAAGGAGGAUUAGUUCAUCCCAAUACGACGAUACAAGAUCAAGACGAGCUUGCAACGCUCUUACAAGUUCCAUUAGUUGCUGGAACUGUAAACCGUGGAAGUGAGGUUUUGGCAGCUGGAAUGGUGGUAAAUGAUUGGACAUCAUUUGUCGGAAUGAGUACAACAGCCACAGAAAUCUCAGUAAUAGAAAAUAUUUUCAAACUAAAUCAAGGUCAACCAACUAAUAUAUCAACAAAAUUAAGAGCAACAUUAAUUGAAUCGUAA